AUGUUCCCGAAAGCUAUCUGCUUGCUUCUCCCUGGCGAUGAUAUUUUGAAAGAAGAACUUGUAACUGCUAUAGUACGACACCCCCACUCUUUCUCUCUCUUUUGUACUCUCUCUUUCUGGCUGGGUCUCUUUUAUUCUUUCACUUUUUUUACUCUUUCUUUCUUACUUCUCUCUUUUAAUCUUACUCCCUUUUUCUUACUCACUCUCUUCUCUCUUUUUCAUACUCUUUCUCUAUCUUUCUUAUUCUCUCAUUCUAUUACUCUCUUUCUUACUUUUCUUUUACUCUUUCUCAUCAUCUUACGCUUUCCCGCUCUUUCUUCACAUUUCUUUCUUGCUCUCUCUUUUUGUUCUUUCUUUCUUACUCUCUCUCUCUCUUUUUACCCUUUCUUUUUUCUUUCUUUCUUAUUCUCUUUCUUUGAAUCUUUCUUACACUUUCUCUUUCUUACUCUUUACUUUUCUUCAUUUCUUUAUCUUUGUUUUUUUAUUCUUUAUGGCUCUUUUUACUUUUACUGUUUUUUUUACCUUACUUUCCCUAUUUUUAUUCUUUCUCUCUAUUGCUUUCUUUUUCUCUAUUUUUCUUUCUCAAUUCUUUUACUCUAUCUUAUUCUCAUACAGCAUUUUCUAUUUAAAAACAAUGAACUGAACUGUCAAAAUAUCAAUUAUUCGGUCUGUUUAUUUCACUCUAUCUCCCUACUUAUUAUAUCUAUCUAUCUAUCUAUCUAUCUAUCUAUCUAUCUAUCUAUCUAUCUAUCUAUCUCAGUCACUUCAUUAUCUAUCUAUAUAUCUAUUUCAGUCUCUUCAUUAUCUAUCUAUCUAUCUAUCUAUCUAUCUAUCUAUCUAUCUAUCUAUCUCAGUCACUUCAUUAUCUAUCUAUAUAUCUAUUUCAGUCGCUUCAUUAUCUAUCUAUCUAUCUAUCUAUCUAUCUAUCUAUCUAUCUAUCUAUCUAUCUAUCUCAGUCUCUUCAUUAUCUAUCUAUCUAUCUAUCUAUCUAUCUAUCUAUCUGAAUUUCUUCAGUGUCCAUAUCUUGUUCAUAUCUAUAUAUGCCUAUUUACAAAUGUAAAUCAGUUUUACGUAAAAGAAAUGCUAAUUUUCUUCUUUCUUCUUUUCUUCUUUUCUUCUUUUCUUCCUUUCUUCUUUCUUCUUUUCUUCUUUUCUUCCUUUCUUCCUUUCUUCUUUUCUUCUUUUCUUCCUUUCUUCAUUAUUCGUCCGUUCUCUAUUCUGUUCUUCUUUCGUUCUAUUUUAAACAAUGCAGAUAUUUAUUUACUAGGUUAA